AUGAGAUUGAUAUCGCGGAUCCUCUACACGGCUAUCGCAGCUGUUGUGGUCGGCGCUGUAGCUCCGGAGGGGCCAUCAAGCUCACCAACCCGUCGCAAUGGGCACGCGCGGCGAAUGUUGGGGUCCUCUUUUGGCAUCCCCAUGAACCAAACGUUUGACUAUCUGGUCAUUGGCGGGGGCACGGCCGGCUUGACCAUCGCAACGCGGCUGGCCGAACAGGGUGCUGGCUCGGUAGCCGUUAUUGAAGCAGGAGGCUUCUAUGAGCUGAAUAAUGGCAAUCUCAGCCAAAUCCCUGCCCAAGAUGCCUUCUUUGCGGGCACGGAUCUCGACGAUUGGCACCCCGGCAUCGACUGGGGCUUUCACACCACGCCUCAAGCGGGCGCCUACGACCGGGUGAGUCACUACGCACGGGGAAAGUGCCUGGGGGGCAGCUCGGCGCGCAAUUACAUGGCGUACCAACGUGGUACAAAGGCGGCGCACCAGCAGUGGGCAGACAUUGUGGGAGAUCCCAGCUAUGCCUGGGAGCAGUUCCUGCCUUUCUUUGAAAAGAGCCUUAAUUACACCCCCGCAAACGACGCGCUACGUGGGGCCAAUGCCAGUGUCGUGAGCGACCCAACCGUGCUGGGCACCGGCGAUGGUCCUUUAUCCGUAACCUAUCCUCACUACGCCCAGGCCUUUGCAACAUGGGCGAAACAUGCCUUCGUGGAGAUCGGUCUCCAGGUACGCAGCGGGUUUCAGAGUGGAGCUCUGUUGGGCCAGUCCUACGGUCUGUACACAAUCAAUGCCACGACAAUGCAUCGCGACUCGUCAGAGACAUCCUUCCUGCGCCAGGGCCUCGCCGAUCCGAACCUCACGGUCUUUCAGUCUGCCCUGGCGAAACGCAUCCGUUUCCAUGGAAAUCGGGCUGUCGGGGUCGACGUAGAGACCAUGGGCCAUCCGUACACGCUCUCCGCACGCAAGGAGAUUGUGCUCUCUGCAGGGGCCUUCCAAUCCCCCCAGUUGCUCAUGGUUUCCGGUGUGGGCCCCGCGGCCACGCUACAGGCACAUGGUAUUCCCGUCGUGGCGGACCGACCAGGUGUGGGCCAAAACAUGCAGGACCAUAUCAUCUACGCUCCCUCCUAUCGGGUGAAUGUCAUUACACAGUCAGCCCUGCUCAAUCCGGCGUUCGAGGCACAGGCCAACCGAGACUACAAUGAACGAGCCGCGGGGAUCUACACCAAUCCCACGUCAGAUAUCCUGGCGUGGGAAAAGAUCCCCGAACCCAAGCGGUCGGCCUGGCUCUCGAAUCAUACCCUCCAGGUGCUCGCCGAAUACCCAGAUGACUGGCCAGAGGUAGAGUUCCUGUCCAUGGGGGGAUACUUCGGGUAUCAGAGGAACUAUGUUCGGGACAAUCCCAGUGACGGCUACAAUUACGCCUCGGUUGCGGUCUCGCUUUGUACGCCACGUUCGCGGGGAAAUAUCACGAUCGCGUCGCCCGACGCCGCGGUGCCACCGGUGAUAAACCCCAACUGGCUCACCGACUCGGUGGAUGUUGAACUCGCGGUAGCAGCCUUCAAGCGGACCCGCGACUUCUUUAAUACCACUGCCAUCCAGCCCAUUCUCAUCGGGCCUGAAUACUUCCCGGGCUCUCAGGUCGCCACAGACAAGGAAAUUCUGGAUCAUGUCCGGAAGAGCUUCGACACCAUUUUCCACGCUUCCUGUACGUGUGCGAUGGGCCGGGAAAAUGAGCCCCAGGCAGUGGUCGAUUCCAAAGCCCGAGUCAUCGGCGUUGACGCCCUGCGCGUGGUGGAUGCCUCGGCCUUGCCGUUCCUACCACCAGGCCACCCUCAGUCCACAAUUUAUGCACUGGCAGAGAAGAUUGCGUGCGACAUGUCGGGCAACUGUUAA